GUUCUGGACAGGGGAAGGUAGGAGAUGUGGGAAGAGGUUGUGUCUUAUGUGAGAAGAAUUUUUAGGAGAGUGAUAAGUAAGGAAGACAGUAUAGUGGAUAAGACCAUGGACUAGCAGGGACUAAACUGCUUGAGUGAAAACCUGGCUUUACUGCUAACUAGCUUCAUGACAUUUAACUCUUUUAGGCCUCAAUUUCGUCACCGGUAAGAUAGGUACAAUGAGAGUUCACAUACCUCAUCAGAUUGUUGCUAGGAUUAAGUGAGUUAAAUGUAUUAAGUCCUUAUGAGCAUUUGCCUGACACUCUCUUAGCUAUUACUGUUGAAGAGUGAGAAUAUAGACCUUCUGGCCCUGGAGGAGGAAGGGGGUGUUUUCUUUUCCCUCUGUAGCUUCUCCUACUAAGCUGGAGCCUGGUUUUGAACAGACCAAAUUGUUGAAGUUGUGAAAGUGUCUGUUUCCCUUCUCCCUCCCAGGGAAAAGACAUUUCUAACAUACAUUCCUAGAGUUUGUGACAAAUCCUCCUAAAAACUCUAGACAAAGUAGAAAUACUCCUCAGUCUCCUUUUGAUUGAACUAAACUGUCUGGCUUGCAUUCCAUGGCCUUGUUUGUAAACAUGGUAUACCUUGAGCUUAGAGUUACUGGAGCCACUGCCCGGCCUUCCACAUCAUCUCCAUUUCUGUGAAGCAUGAGCAUGAAGGCGAAAGAACUGAACUGUCUGUGUUUCUCUACCCCCAACACCCUGCUUCUCUAAGGAGAUGAAAAGGAAGAAGUAAAAGACCGAGGGGUAAGCAGAGGCAGAGCGAAGAGAGCCGGUUACUUCAACAGCUUCGUCCUGUCUGAACCUCCAGGACAGUCAGCCUUCUCUCUCUUGGUCACACCCACAGCUAUGACACCUGGCAGGGAAGAGGCACUCAACGCAGGUACCCCUGGGCAGCCAGUGCGCGGACAGCGCCUGCAAUGCCACCAUGCCCUGCGGCUUUCUCCCGCAGGGCUUCGCGGAGUCUCCCCACCUGGGGCCCAUGCUCUUCCUGCUGCUGCUGGCCGUGCACCUGGCUACCCCGAGCGGGAACCUGCUCAUCCUGGUGGCCGUGGCCUUAGUGCCCAGCCGGCCGCCCAUGCUACUCUUCCUGUGCCAGCUGUCAGCCAUCGAGCUCUGCUACAUGCUGGCAGUGGUGCCCCGCUUCCUGGCCCACCUGGCCUCGCCAGGCCGCGGCCGAGGCAGCCCCAUCUCCUUCCUGGGCUGCACUGUUCAGAUGCAGAUGUUUGUGGCUCUGGGCGGGGCCGAGUGCUUCCUGCUGGCCGCUAUGGCCUAUGACCGCUACGUGGCCAUCUGCCACCCGCUGCGCUACGCGGCUGAGGUGGCACCUGGGCUGUGCACGCGGCUGGCCCUGGCCUGCGGCUGCCUCGGGGGACUGGCGGUGUCCGUGGGGCUCACGGUGGCCGUCUUCAACCUGCCUUGCUUCGGUGACAUCACAGCGCUGCUGCACCUGGCCUGCACGCAGAGCUACGCGGAGGAGCUGCAUCUGCUGGGCGCCUGCCUGGUGUUGCUGCUGCGGCCCUCGCUGCUCAUCCUGGCCUUCCAUGGCGCCAUCGCCGCCGCCCUGAGCCACCUGCGCUCCCCACGCGGCAGGCGCAAGGCUGCCUCCACCUGUGCCUCGCACCUGGCCGUCACCUUCCUCCACUAUGGCUGCUCCACCUUCACGCACAUGCGGCCCAAGGCCAGCUACUCCCCAUGGCAGGAUCGCACGCUGGCGCUGGCCUACACCAACGUCACGCCGCUGCUCUACCUGCUCAUCUACAGCCUGCGCAACGGCAAAAUCAUGGCCGCCACCCGCUGGGUGCUGAACCCCAGGGCAGGAUCUGUGUGAGCCAUGAGAGCCGGCAGGGACCAGGCCAGGGGGGGCGGCUCUGCUCCCUAAAGUUCCCCCUAUCAGCAGGUGUCUGCACUGAGGACGCCACUGGGAGAGCUCAAGAACCGGAUUCAGAAGAGAGAAUCUGGAAAAGUGUCCCCCUAAGAGAGUCUCCCAACAGUUUCCCCAUCCUCCGCCAGUUCUGUGUGGAAUAGAACCCUAGACCUGAUCUGAGUGGAUCCAUCAGCACCUGUAGAGUUCUUCCCAUGUGCUGGGCUUGGGCAAGGUAGCAGGCUUGUAGUGACAAAGAAGGCACAACUCAUGCCCCAGGGAGCUCACGGGGAGAGAGGACAGAUGUGAGGAGAAAACAGGAGAUGGACGGAGGGGCUCAUGCUAGACUUUUCCAGGGGAGAGGGGAGUCAGGGAAAACUUCUUGGGGGGCAAAGAUGGCUCAGUGGAGAACUGUAGGAUGGGUAGAGGCCAGCCAAGUGAAGAGGAGAGUGAAGAAUGCUCUAAAUGGAACUGGUUAAACAGGGGCUGGGGCAUUUCGGGAAGGUCCUUGUAAAGGGCUGAAGGAUUUGAGUUCAUAGAGUGAUACGAUAGCUUGCCCCUCCUUGGGUGGUCACUCUGGCCACAGUGUGGCGAAUGGACUGGAGGCAUGGAGACCCAUGGACGCUGUUGCCAUAUUACAGGAGAGAGGUGAUGGAGUCUGGACCAGAGUGUUGACACAGCUGAUUAAGGGACAUGGGAAGAAUAAAGAGAUAUGCAGGAGGAGGAAACCACAGAAUCUUGGUUGGAUAUGAGGGCGAGGAAGAAAGAGAAGCUAAGGAUCAUUUCUAACCUAGGUCACCAGGUGGAUGGUGGUACAAUCGCUGAAAAGGACACAGGAGCAGGUGCAAGUGAGGAGGGAGGAGGAUGGGGACUUCUGCUUAGAACGUGUGGACUUGAGAUGCUGCCAGGACAAGCCAGCGAAGAUGGCGACUGAGGAAGCAAAUACACCAGUCUAGAGCUCAGGGGAGAGAUUCAAGAGGGGGGACAGAUUUGAGACUACAGACAGCUACUGAGACAAGGAAGUGAUGCCACCCACCAGAAAGCUAAUAAUUGCUCUUUAUGUGAUAAGAUUACAGGUGAUUUAUAUUUUAUUGAUUAUAUAUUUUCCAAAUUUCUCAUAAUCAUUUUCAGUGGAUAUUACUCUUAUAUAUAAAAAUUACUAUUUAAGACAAAUAAUACUGGCGUGCCUCAGUGAAUCAGAGAGACUUCUUCCCCUCUACCCCCAGGAUGAAUACCUGAAGGAUGUCUCCUGAAGGCUCUGGGGUGAAGUGGAAGGGAAUUCUACCACGUAGCACAAGAGCAGGGGCGCACUGACGUGCUCUCAUCUACCUCGGUAGCUGGGUGGAGAUAUUACCGUCAAAGAUAAAGUGAGGAGACGUUAAGGAAGAGUUACUAAACACUCUGCCUUGUAAAACUGACUAGAGAAAUUCCCUCAAUGUGACUAUUUCUAUACAGUGUUACUACAUCAAUAUAUCCUAUAGUAAAGCGAACAAACUGGCACAAAACUUAGGCUACAUUAGGAAAAUUCUAAAAUUUAUUCCUUCAUCCAUACGUGCAACAAAUAACUGUUUACUGAGUGAUGGUUCCAUGCCAGCGACUGGAGAGUUAAGGAUUCAACUCUGAUCAAACGCCACUGUAUACCUAACAUGGCAUUCCACAUUAUUGGAGCGAUGAAGGUGAGGCCCAUGUGGAGCUUGAAAUCUGCUAGGGGAUUCAGGCAAAUAAACAGGCACUGCAUUACUAAGUGAUGAGUACUAUGGUGUGACAAGAUCCUGUUGGAAGCAUUGUGCCUGGUCUUGGGGUGGUGGGAGCAUCAGGAGGUUAUGGAAGAAGUAAUGUGUAAGAUCUAAGGGCACGUUGUGAUAGCUAGAGCCAGACAAAGAUGGCUGAGAAAGGAGAGUCCAGGCAAAGGGAACAGCAUGUGCAAAUGCCCCAAGGUAAGAGGCCAUGAUACAUUCCAAGGACCUGUCAAGAGGACUGAUUCUUAUUGAUGGUGAUGUUGGGAAGUGGGGUGCUGUGUGCUGAGAGGUAUUAAGAGGUUAUGCUAGAGGUACAAAUGCAGGCCAGAUCAUGUAAGCCUUGUAUGCCAUGUUAAAGAGUUUGGAUUUUACCCUAAAGAAGAAUGAGAAUAAAGAGGAGGGAAAGGAGAAAAAAGCAGGAGGAAGAGAAGGAGAAGGAGAAGAAGAAAAAAGAGAAGCCAUUGAAAAUAUUUAAGCAGGGGAGUGAUAUGAUCCAGUCUGAACAUUCUGACUACUGUGUAGAGAAAGAAUUGAAGAAGGACAUGACAGAAAGUAUAUUUAUUAGGAAGCUAGUGUAGAAACACAGGUUAGAGAUGAUGUUGGCCCAUUUUAGGUAAGUGGUAAUGGAAAUGGAGAGAAAUGGACAGAUUUGAGAAAUAUUUAGAAGGUAGAUAUAAUAGAAUUUAGUGCAGAUUGAAAGCUUAGGGAAAAAAGGAUUCACUGAUGAUAUAGAUUAUUUGAUCUGGAAAAGAUGACACAUUGGGCUCAUUGAGAUGGAGUACACAGGAAGAGUGACCAGUCUGAAUACAGGACGAAGUUGAAAUGAUGAGUUCAGUAUUGAUUAUGUUGACCUGGGCUGUGCAGAUGUACAGUUGGCAGUUGGGUAUGUGUCAGGAGAAACAUACUUAGAAAUCAUCCACACAUCAAUGGCAACUGACACGGCUGAGAUGAUCCAGGGAGAGUGAGCAGAGGAAGAACAGAGCAGUUCCAAGAUAGGACUCUGAGGAAGUCCUGGAUGACUGUCUAAGUAUGACACAAAUGCAUAAUUUAUUAACUAUAUUAAUAAAGUAAAAACUUCAUUCCUGGGACACUACCCUAAACAAAAUGAAAAGAGAAACUGGGAAGAUCAUAUCUAAUUAUGAAAGAGGUUCAUUUCAUUAAUACAUAAGAAACUUUUGCCAAUCAAUGAGAAAAAGACUAACAAUCACAAAGAAAAAUGGGCAAAGGAUAUGAAUAGACAGUUCACAGAAAAGGAAAUGCAAAUGGAUUUUAAACAGGAAAAGAGUUUCAACCUUACUCAUAAGAGGAAUGCAAAAUAAAAUUAGAAAAUGCUAUUUAGAGCACUUCCUGCUCAAAAAUGUGAACACAGAGUUCGGAGGAUAUUUACAACAGACUCCCUCAUACAGAGUUGGUGGUAAAAUAUAUUUGUUCAAUUCUAUGGAGGCCAAUUGUGUACAUCAAUUAAAAUGAGAAUUAAAGAACAUAUCAUUUGUUCCAAUAACUCUACUUUGGGAGUUUGACCUUACCAAUGUAUUUGCCUUGUGAACAAACAUGUAUGUUCAAAAAUAUUUAUCUCAGCAUUACUUGCAUCAGCAAAAGAUUAAAGAUUUUUUAAACAGCAGUAUGUGACUGAUGAAAUAAAUUAUGGUUUUAUCCCUAUAAUGGAAUCUUACGCAAUUGCUAAAGAGAAUGAAGCAGUUCUAUCUGUUAUAGACCUGAAACCAUCUCUCAUACAUGCUAUUAAAUGAAAAAGCAAGGUACAUGAAAGUAUGUACUAAGGAGUCAUCCUUGAUUCUGGCCCAUCUUUGAUUCUGGCCUUUUCCUUACUAUGUCCACUCCUGAAAUGCUGCUCUUCAUCAUGCAGAUGCCGUCUUGGCUCAGAUACUGGCUUCUCAGAGAGGCCCUCGCUGGGCACCCUACAUGUCACCUGUCUGUCCUCUCUCACAUUAGCACACUUUAAAUUCUAAUCAUCUCUCAUUACUGAAAAUUCUCUGACUUUCUUUUAAAUGACUUUCUUUUAAAUUGUCUCUUCCUCCCAACAGAAUAUAAACUCUAUGAAAAUUGUCUACUUUACUCACAUGGUCUUCCCGGGGUCUAAACAGUGUCCAGCAUGUAGUAGCUGCUAAUUAGUAAACAGCAGUAAAUUGUUAAAGAAUAAGUGAAUAAAUAAAUGUUACGGUAUGAUAGCAUUUACAUAUAAAAACACACAGAGUAUCAUGUGUGUAUGAGCAUAUGUGUGUGCUUGUGUAUGUCCUAUAGUUUUACACCCUCACACACACACAUUUGUAAUCAAAUUAAGAGUCUGUGGAACUGGGUGACAGAGGUGGAGCAAACUUUUACUUUUUUUAAUACUUUCCUUAAACACAUAUAUGCAUUAUUUAUUCAAUAAAUGUUUUCAAAAAAAAAUAAAGGCUAGGCAGAGGAAAAGGAAUGCACAGAGGAGUUUUUGAAAAAGAGCAAAAAUCAAAAAAGUAGAAGAAAAUCCAAGAGAACAUGAUGUCACGGAAACCAAGGAAAGACCAUUUCAAGGAUGGAGUGACCAACAGUGCCAAAUGAUACUGCUAUUUCUAAAUAAUAUGAUGCUGGAGCCACAGAUGACUUUAGAGAUGUCUAAUCUGGCCCAAAGAGCACCAAGCUCACUCGUACAAACCUCAGCAAAGCAUGUGUAAAGGCCUGGCAGCCAAACUACACAGCCCACUUCCAGAAAGGCUGUCUAGCCAGAGAUCAUGCAAGGACUGCCCGACUCCAGCCAAUACUGAAGAAACAUGUAGAACCAACUCAAAUUGUGCCUAAUCACCUGCCGGAGUAAAAAGUAACACUGGCUUUCAUUUUAAAUGCUGAAAUCAUUAACACCGUUUUAAGACCUGUACCUGGGAUUUGUUUUACUCUGGUAUGGUAAGGUGGCAGACACAGAGACAACUGUCUUUGAAAGAAGAGUUUAUAGCAAGGGAAGGGGGCAGGCCACACCACGCAGGGCCCGUGGGGAAGCACCAGGUCACUCAGGAGGCAGAAGGAGAGAGGAGAGGGCAUGACCCUCAGACACUACUGUGGUUUCUGAGGAAGGAAUGGAUUAGGCAGUUUAGGAAAGCUGGAGGAAACUGAGGCUUGGAUAGUCUGAAUAAUUUUGGCAGGCUCUGGGCCAUAGGACUGGCCUCUAGCUGUCCAGUCUAGUUGACUUGGCCCUGAGGUGAUAACAGCAGGGAAGACGGUGGCUUGGUGCCUGGGAGUUAAAUAAAGGGGACUGGGAUGUGGGCUUUGGAUUGGUUGGUUUGCAUAGGAAAAUUGUAAUCAAAAGGAAGUUGGUUUGCAAUGUCUAGAAAUUAGCCAGCUCUGAGAGGGGCAGCCUAUCCCCUACCAGCAAGACCCCUAAGAUGUCAAAACAUCAUAAAGUAUGAAAAAUAUAAAAACAUGAUUAAUACAAACACAAACUCUACAAAUGAUACCUGAGACAGUGUGUGUGGAAUAAAUAUAAUCCUUCUCCUUGGGCUCCAGAUUCCAUCUUUACCCACCUUCUUGGAGAGCUCAUACAUUACUUACUGCUACAUCUCCCAUGCCUCGAACUCGAGCAUAUAAACAUCUUUCUGAUACGAAAAUUCCAAUUACUCUGAUUACAAGGUCCUUUUCCUUGAAGCGGCAAGUUCCAACUGGGGAGGUGAUGGCUAGAUUGCUAAGAGUUAGCAGUUCCCAGUCAGUGAAUACUUCCCCACCUGAGGUAGGUCAAGGGACAAGCUGGUUAGAAGAGGGCAGGGGGAGGGCUAGAAUACGGUCAUCCAGAAGAGAUGAAGAAAGGUGAAGUGAGAAUGGAAGAUGCUUAUGAAAUCUUUAAUGAAAUUUCCCUAUGUAUGAGAUAGUUGCCCACAUCUAAACUAAGGCCCACUUAACAGGCACAUGAAAAAAUUCCUUUAAAGACAUUCCACUGAUUUUAAUGCUAUUCAAACUAGUAGAGUAGGAUUUUAAAUAUAUGUUUGAUGGUGGUGAUAUUAAUCA